GAUGCAAGUCACGAUGCUGGAGUCGGGAUAAGUAUAAAAGAGUACGCACGUUCUCGUCCUGUCUGGUAGUUUUCAGCAGCAGCAUCCUGGACUCAUCUUGCCUACUAUCUAGCCUCUACAACAUCAACGCCUCUUUGCCUCACGUGUUGUCUUCAGAACUCUAGACAUGGAGCUCUUCAGGUUUCUCGCCUUCCUGGCAGCCGUUCUGCCCGUUGCCUACGGUGCCCCUACCCAGGCUACAAACAGCCUCCACCCGAAGCUCCUAGCCGCUAUGAAGCGCGACUUGGGGCUUGACGCCGAGCAGGCCACUGCUCGUGUCGCCCGGGAUGUUUGGGCCACCGGCGUCAUUGACCAGCUGCGCACCUCGGCGGGUGACUCGUUCGCCGGCGCUUGGAUUGCUGAGGACGGCACCACGCUCAACGUCGCCGUCACUGACGAAUCUUUGGCCGCCGAGGUGACCGCUGCUGGCGCUACGCCGGCUAUCGUGGCCAACAGCUUCUCCAAGCUUGAAGAUGCUAAGCUAGCUCUUGACAACAUGGACAUCGAGCAACCCAAGACCCUCGCCACGGACUCAGCCGAGACGGGCAUCGCUGCGUAUUACGUCGAUGUCACCGCUAACAAGCUCGUCAUUGAGGCGCUCGCCGGCAGUAUCGCCCACGCCGAGUCUCUGGCCGCACAGGUCGGGCUCGCCGCAUCCGAGUUCGAAGUCAAGACAGUUGACGCGAUGCCGACCACCCUCGCCACCGUCCUUGGCGGCGACGCCUACAUCAUCAACCGAAGUGCCCGAUGCUCCAUCGGUUUCUCGGUCACAACUGGUUUCGUUUCGGCCGGCCACUGUGGUACCGCAGGUAACACUGCUACCACCAGCAGCGGUGCAUCGCUCGGAACCUUCUCUGGUUCGGUCUUCCCAGGCAGCGCCGACAUGAGCUACAUCCGCACCGUCAGCGGAACCACCAUCAGCGGCUACAUCGAUGGAUACGGCCAGGGUAACCUUCCCGUGUCGGGCAGCACCGCAUCCGCUACUGGUGCCAGCAUCUGCCGCUCCGGUUCCACCACUGGUGUCCACUGCGGUACUGUCCGCGCCCUGGGCGCGACGGUCACCUACUCCCAGGGACGUGUCACCGGCCUCACCCAAACCAACGUCUGCGCCGAGCCCGGCGACUCUGGCGGGUCCUUCUACACCGGUUCCCAGGCCCAGGGUGUCACCUCGGGAGGCUCCGGCGACUGCACAAGUGGUGGUAUUACCUACUUCCAGCCCGUCAACGAGAUUCUGUCGACCUACGGCCUCACUUUGGUCAGGGCUUAGUUAGCUACUUAUCACGGCCGUCGGCGACACUUGGGCUGUGGUGGAUCUUUGAACUGUUUGUUUGGACUUUGCAGAGAGACGAGCGGAAAUGUGUAUGUGCUAGUAAAGAUUGCCAGUCUAAUAAGCAAUGAAUUAUUGAAUCAAUUCAAUUGUAAGAUGCCGAG